AUGAGGAUCCUGAGCAAAGAAUUUCGCCUCCAGGACGUGACAGUCAUGUACUUCACCGCCCUGGCCGCCCUCAUGGUCAUCCUGGUGGCCUCCUACCAGGCUCCCUCCCACGUUACCGUUGUGGAGGUCCCCAGCACUGACUCGAAGCCCUCGGACCUCUCGCCGCCCGCUCUGCCAAUGCCCUUCCGGGUGCUGCUUGACCCGCUCGGGCGGCUCCAGCUGGCGUGGAACAUCAGCUACGCCCGCCAGGAGGUCUACAUGGAGCUGAAGGUGGCCGAGCUGAAGCACGGCGUGGUGCUGGGUAUGUCGGACCGAGGGGAGCUGACCGACGCUGAUCUGGUGCUGCUGUGGAACUCUGGAAGCAAAAGUUACUUUGGGGACGCUUGGAGUGACAGCGAGGGCAAAGUGACGCUGGACAGCCAACAGGAUUACGAGCUGAUAGAAGCCAAAUGGAAAUCCGAAGGCUUCUACUUGCUCUUCAAGAGACCGUUUAGCACCUGCGACCCCAGAGACUACCUUAUUGAGGAGGGAACAGUGCACAUCAUCUACGGCCUCUUGGAUCAACCACUUGCCUCACCGGAGCAGCUCAACAUGUCCCGAAUCAGCACGGGCCUUCAGCGGAUCUUGAUGUUGCGCCCCGACACACCGGCCCCCGCGCUGCCUCCCGACGUGCAGACGCUGGACGUGGUGUCGCCAGGCGUCGUCAUCCCAACUCAGGAGACCACCUACUGGUGCUCCAUCCACAAGCUGCCCGAAAACAUGCCGGAGAACCACAUCGUCAUGUAUGAGUCAGUGAUAACGCCAGGUAACGAGGCCAUCGUGCAUCACAUCGAGGUGUUUGAAUGCUCGCCGGACGACCGCGACGUUCCAAAGUACAGCGGUUCCUGCGACAACAAGAUGGUGCCGGCCAAACUCAACUUUUGCCGCCACGUUCUGGCCGCCUGGGCCAUGGGUGCCGAGGCAUUUUACUACCCUCCAGAUGCAGGCCUCCCGAUUGGCGGGCCAAGUUCCUCAAGGUUCCUUCGGCUGGAAGUCCAUUACCACAACCCUCUCCUUAUAUCGGGCAGACGUGACUCAUCGGGGAUAAGGUUACAUUAUACCCGCAGUCUGAGGCGCUACGACGCCGGGAUCAUGGAGCUGGGCCUGGUCUACACUCCCAUCAUGGCCGCCCCGCCGAAACAACACACCUUCUACCUCACUGGCUACUGCACCUCCAAGUGUACACGCACUGCUCUGCCUCGGGGUGGCAUCUUCAUAUUCGCAUCCCAGCUGCACACGCACUUGGCGGGCCGCGGGGUGCGCACUGUCUUGGUGAGGGGGGGCAAAGAGGUGGAGGUGGUGCAGGAAGACCAACACUUCAGUACACACUACCAGACUAUCCGAGUUCUGAGGAAGAUGACAAACGUUUUACCGGGUGAUGUCCUCAUAACAAAAUGUACUUAUAACACAGAAGAUAGGGACAAGCCCACUGUGGGUGGUUUUGGCAUCAUGGAGGAAAUGUGCGUCAACUACGUCCACUACUACCCUCGCACUCAGCUGGAGCUGUGCAAGAGCCACGUGGACCUGGAUCACCUGCAGAAAUAUUUCAGCUUUAUCAACAGAUUCCAAGGAAAGGAGCUGUGUGUUUGUGGUGACGACGGCGUGACCGAGCUGUAUUCCCGACUACAGUGGGACGGCUUCGCCACACAAGUGCUGGACUCACUUUACAACACGGCGCCCAUCUCCAUGCACUGCAACCAGUCCACCGCACGCCUCUUUCCUGGAGAAUGGGAUAAACAGACUCUACCUGUGGUGACCUCCCCACUCAAAAGGCCCCCUUACCCGUGUGAGGUCGGAGCGCACCCCAUCAGUCGUUCGGAUACUCCUCCGGUCUGA